AUGGGGAUAGAGUUUUUUCUUUUGGUAAAUAAACAAGGCCAGACACGGCUGGCCCAGUACUCCUCCUUCUUGUCUAUUGCUGAGCGUACCGCUCUUGAGGGUGAAGUUGUGCGCAAAUGUCUGCAACGGCGAGAUGUGGAUUGCAGUUUUGUUGAGCAUAUGCAUUAUAAGCUCAUCUACCGCCGCUAUGCUUCUAUCUUCUUCAUCAUUGGCGUUAACAACACCAUUGUCUCUCCUACCGGGGCAAGUGCCAAUGGUGGGGCGGUCGCAGGAAAUUCCGUAGGCGGUGCUGUCUCCGCGGCGGCACUAUCGGGGGAUGCUGGUGGCGGCAUGGAGGAAUUGCAGGAGGAGGGAGAACUAGCGAUGUACGAAUUCAUCCAUCUUGUGGUAGAGACGCUUGAUAAAUACUUUGAGAACGUGUGCGAACUGGACGUGCUGUUUAAUGUGGAGAAGGCUCACUUUAUCCUUGAGGAGAUGCUUGUGAAUGGGGGAGUAGGAGAGACGAACAAGCUUCUUAUUCUGCAACCACUAGUGCUGAUGGACAAGGAGCCCCGCAGGGUGUAG